AUGGGGAUGGAUGAGCUUAGUGAAGACGAUAAGUUGACAGUCCUCUAUGCCCAUAAAAUUCAACAUUUCUUGAGCCAGCCGUUCCAUGUUGCAGAGGUUUUCACUGGUGCCCCUGGAAAAUACGUGGAAUUGAAAGAAAGCAUUAUCAGCUUCCAGGUUCACAAGCGGAUUAUUGAUGGUUUGGAUGUUGAUUCUUCUCAUGCUCCAUCGGGCAUGGGUGGCAAAGUCUCCACAAGGCUGCUGGUGGCAGCUUCACAGGCAGGAAGCUUGAUUGGAAAACAAGGAGGAACUGUUAAAUCUAUUCAAGAAUCAUCUAACUGCAUAGUUAGAGUUCUUGGAGCAGGAGGUCAUAUUUAUAAUACAACGAAACCUGAAGGGGCAAGUAAAUAA